AUGUCUAAUCUUCCCGAUUCUUCUUCAGUCGCGGUGACCGGAAGAAUCUCCGAAGAUAUUCUGCCGGAUUUGCUGAGGCAACUGGAGGAAUUAAAGCGUCGCAGAACAAAUAAUUCAUCUCAGAUGCAGGAAUGGUUGUUCAACCUCGCGAAGAAAGAACUGCAAUCCAUGCAAGACUACGCCAGACUCGGAAUCAAAAACUGGGAGCAACUCAUCCUAGAAGACUUGAAUGCUUUAUCAAGAUUCUUCCAUCAAGAUGCUAACCAAAUUAAUGGCAUCCCUUCCAACCUGCAACAUAUCAUCAAUUGCAUCGCCAGGAUGAAAGCGCGAGUAUCAUCUCUCGUAGAUAACAUAGAUUCCAACAAUUCCCCGUCCUCUUCUCCGUCGCAGCCGGAGGAAGAUCCCGACGUUGUUGUUCGAGAAACGUCACAAAAAUGGAAAGAUCUCCGUAUGGAAGAGGAGAUUCUAAAGAGCCAAGGCAUGACCGAGCUUAAGCUGAGUUACGACAAUCUCGAACUCGCAGAGAAGCUCUGUUUGCUUUGCUUCUCCAUCUUCCCAGAAAAUUAUGUAAUAAAGAAGAGGCCCUUGAUAUACUGGUGGAUCGGUGAGGGAUUCGUAACUCCCACCGCAAACCAUACCGCCGAGGAGAUGGGCAAUCAAUGCUUUCGUAAGCUGAUGAGUGUUGGCUUGAUCGAGCCCGUCUACGAAAGAGGAUCUAAAGCCGCAAAGUGCUGCAGAAUGCAUCCUUGGAUUCGACGUAUGGUGAUUUCUGUCGCUAAAGAAUUGAGAUUCUUUAACUUCGAUUCGAGCGGCAAUCCCAUAUCUCCCGCUGAAUUUUCCCGAUCUGAAAAUGGCGCAGAUGAAUUCUCUCGCCGAGCAUGCUUGGUGACAACCAAUAGAGAAUCUCCAGAUCUACGAAAUUUCUAUCACGAGGACCUGCAGACACUGUUUAAUGUGAAUGCGCAGUAUCUUGAUUUCAAAAAGGAUGGCAAGAGUGAUGGGUUAUCGAUGAUGAGGAAGUUGGUUGUUCUUCAACUGGGUAAAUGGCAGAGAUGGCCGAAGCAUCACAUUGAGGUGGAGGACGAAAUUUUUCUGAAAGAUUUGGGAUCUAUGAAGCAUUUGAGUUAUCUGAGUCUUCAGGGCAUAUACGGAAUAACGAAGCUUCCAGUUUCAAUUGGCAGGCUCAUCAAUAUCAAAAUUCUGGAUCUCCGAGCAUGUCAAAAUCUGGAGGAACUGCCGGCCGGGAUAGCAUCUCUGAAGAACCUAACUCACUUGGACCUGUCUGAUUGUUUCUUGCUAGAGUACAUCCCCAGGAGUCUUGGCUCGCUCUCUGAGUUGCAGGUGCUGAAGGGAUUUAUAAUCUGUAACUCCAAGACCAAAGAUGUAUGCAGACUGAGCGAUUUAGUUACAUUGAAAAAACUAAAGAAGCUGAGCCUGAACAUCAACAUAGAAAACAGAGCAACUACUGAAACAGGAGAAUUUAAGUUGAACGGGUUGGAAGCUCUUCGUUCGCUAACAAUAACAUGGGGAGCUUCGAAAACAAUUCCGUCUUUUUCAUUUCCCUCGAACCUUGAAAAACUCGACGUUCGAUGCCUACCAGAGGAAAAUCCACCAGAUUGGCUCGGUCCCAGCGAACUGAGUAACCUGAAGAAGCUGUACAUCAGAGGAGGAAAGCUUGAACGGCUGGUGACUCAUGGCAAUACCCAGCGUCUCACAUGGAAGGUCCAAGUUUUGCAUCUAAAGUUUCUAGAGAAGUUCCAGAUGGAGAAGGUCGAAUUGCUGCAAGUGUUUGCGGAACUCAAAUACCUGUACAAGUUUGAGUGCCCCAAGCUAACCUCGUUUCCCUGCAGUGACAAUGAAAUCUGCGAGAACUGA